CUCUAGCGUGCUUACCAGGAGCCCUACCCAGCUCUCUUCCCGACCAUUCUGUGAAGCCCGGAAUAACACACACGCAGAAAAAGUGUAAGGCAGGCAGAGGAGAACACAGGAGGGGCGAGGAGAGUGGGGAAAACGCCCUGGAAACUCGGCUGGUACUAACAGAGUUCAAGUAUUUUAAACACCAAGUUGAGACUGUAAAGAAGUGAUUUUCACGGGCUGAGCCAGAAGGGGGGAGAGGACGACCUCCGAGGAUGCUCCGGCUGGUUUGAGACUGCUUGGCGCACGGUCUGCGCAAAGACUCUAGGAAGACGGGUGCUGAAGAUCUAGAACCAGGGAGAACGUUGGACCUGCUUGAGCAAUCCAAAAACAACAAAAGCAUUUCCAUCACACCAGGCCACAAAAAGAGAAGAGUCAAAACACAGGCCAAUCAAAUUUGACCGCGAAGCCGCCAAACACCAAAUGGCUGAGGAGGACGGGACUAGGGAGGUGCUCUUUCCAGACUGGGAGGGUACGGACAAAACUGGGCUCACAAUCGAGCAAACGGGUGAAGGAGAAAUAUUUGUCAAAGAGGUGAAAGAUGAGUCACCCGCAGGGCGGUCCGGGAGAGUACAUGAAGGUGACCAGAUUGUGGGGGCUACCAUUUACUUUGACAAUAUGAGCUCCGAAGCCACGGCUGACAUACUGAAGACAUUGAACCGCCACAAAGUUGGACUGAAACUACAAAACAGAGGGGACAAGUCCCCUGGGCGCUCCCCCCUGACCACGCCCCUAAGCACGCCCCUGAGCACGCCAUGCCGCUCGCCGAUGGGAACGCUGACAUGGGAAGGGAAGAGCCGCUUUGGAGGUUCCAGUCCGGACAUCGUCCUGAGUGGGGACGAUGAGGACUACAAAAGAAUAUACUCAAAGAAGAUCAAACCUAGGCUGAAAUCAGAAGAUCUUGCAGAGGGAGUGGACGUACGCACCGAGCGGCAUAGCAGCACAAGCAGUGAUGGCAGCACCAUCACCACCAUCACACGCCGCAUCACCACCUACACUGUGGAUAUGCCUGGAGGCAUCAGCGAGCAAUCUGAACUUUCAAGCCCCGAGGUCAAAGGGCUAAGAUAUGAAUCUGGUGAUGGAUCAUCAUAUAGUAUCAUUUCACAGGGGAGUCCAUCAGGUAAAGAUGGAGCAGAAGAGGGAGCUUUUGAGCUAGGAAAUGUAUCAUUAACCAAGCCACAAGUUAGUUCAACAGAGACACACUGGAGUACUGGAGGGUUGAGAACCACAACAACUUCCAGGGAGAUGGAGGGAGAUGGAAGCUUAGGAAUGAGGCUAAAGGGGCUACAGUUUGGAAUGUCAGGAGGUAACGGCCAGGGUGGUAUGAGUAUGUCAAGGGGGCUUGGUGCCCACGGAGAUGGAAGUGGGCACACAGGCAUUAAGCAUGUUAAAAUAGGGGGUUUGGAAGGAGGAGAAAUUGUCAGCUCAGAUGUUAAAGAAGGAUCUAUUGGUGUGUCUUUGCCAGGAAAAAUAACACGCUUCUCCUCCUCAUCAGAUGGCAAGGUAGAAGGGGGGGAUGUCGACAUGAGUUUUGGAAAAGGGAAAUCUCAUGUCUCUGACAUUACAAUUGGUCAAAAGAGGACAGUGGGUUCAGGCCAAAUUGGCCUUUCAAGUGAGAGAUUUGAAGGGGGUUUAGAAGGGGGAGACUUUGUCAGCUCAGAUGUAAAAGGAGGAUCUAUUGGUGUGUCUUUGCCAGGAAAAAUUACACGCUUUUCCUCUACAUCAGUAAGCAAGGGACAAGUGGGAGAUGUGGACAUGAGUUUUGGAAAAGGGAAAUCUCCUGUCUAUGACAUUACAAUUGGUCAAAAGAGGACAGUGGGUUCGGGCAAAAUUGGCCUGUCCAGUGAGAGAUCUGAUGCAACAUCCACAGAUAUUGACACUGAAUUAAGAGAAGUGAGCUUGGCAUCAGGAUUUAAUGUGAAAGGUGCUGCUGAAAAGCUAAAUAUCAAAGGGAAACAUGUCUCAACAGAAAUUGUAGAUAUCGCUCUGAAAGGUACAAAUCUUGAACGGAAAAUUGAUUCUUCAGAGCCAACCUCAUUGGGUGACGGAAAGGCCAUAACAAUAGAUAAUGGAGGGGUUGAGUCUGAAAUUAAUCAAAAAACGUCCAUAGGAUCAUUUGGAUUCAAGGAUGCAAAAGUGCAAGGUCAAAGUGUCAAUACGAAUCUUCCUGAAGCUAAUAUUGUGAUAAAAAACACUGAAAGCACUCUCAAAGGACGAGACGCUGAUAUUGUAAUGGCAGACCUUAAUCUGAAAAGACCAGAGCUCACAGAUAUGAAUGUGUCAUUACCAAAUAUUCACGGUCAGAAGAAACCACUUAAAGUUGACAUCAAAGGACCAGAAAAAGAGGUUGGCCUUGAUGGUAAAUAUGAGAAGCCAAAAUUCAACAUGCCUUCCAUCUCAGGUCCUCAGAUUUCUGGGCCGAAUGUAGAUGUAAACUUGAAAGGAUCCAUGAUCAAGGGUGAUUUAGAUGUGGCAGUUCCAACGAUUGACAGAGACAUAAAAACAACAAAAGCUGAUGUUGAAAUUGAAGGAUCAGAAAGUGGAUUCAAAAUGCCAAAGGUCAAAAUGCCAUCCUUUGGCUACGAAGCACCAGAAUUGAAAGGAAGAGAUGUAGACAUUAAUGUUUCAAAGUCGGACAUUGACAUUCAAGGACCUAACGUUGAUAUCAAAGCACCAGAAAUGUAUAUUGAAAGCAGAGAUGGCAAAAUGAAAGGGUCCAAAUUCAACAUGCCUUCCAUCACGGGACACAAACUUUCCACGCCAAAUGUGGACUUCAACUUGACAGAACCUACAACCGAGGGCGGUGCAGAAGUGUCGGUCACAAAGACAGAUGCAAACAUCAAACCACCGAAAGUGAAAUUUGAAGAACCAGAUGUUGAUAUCAAAGGGCCAGGAGGCGAAUUUCAAAUGCCCAAAAUUAAAAUGCCAUCAUUUGGCUUCAAAGGUGCAACGAUUGAGGGACCGAAAGUUGACAUUGACCUUCCAAAGGGAGACAUUGACAUCAAGGCACCUAAAGUUGAUAUUGAAGGACCAGGAAUCAAUGUUGAAGGCUCAGAUGCCAACAUUAAAGGAUCAAAAUUCAAAAUGCCAUCCCUCUCCGGACCUAAAAUUUCGAUGCCUGAUCUAGACUUAAAUUUGAAAGGAUCAAAGCUCAAGGGGGAUGUAGAUAUGUCAGGUCCAAAGAUCAAAACAGACAUCAAAACACCAAAAGUGGAAAUUGAAGGCACCGACGUUGAUAUUGAUGGCUCUGAAGGUGGAUUUAAAAUACCGAAAAUGAAAAUGCCAUCAUUUGGCUUUAAGGGUCCAAAGAUUGAGGGACUGGAUGGUGACAUUAACCUUCCAAAGGCAGAAAUUGAAAUCAAGGCUCCCAAAGUGGAUAUGAAAGGACCAGAAUUCGAUAUUGAAGGCCCAGAUGCCAAAAUAAAAGGAUCCAAAUUCAAAAUGCCCUCCCUCUCAGGACCUAACAUUUCGAUGCCUGAUCUAGACUUAAAUUUGAAAGGAUCAAAGCUCAAGGGGGAUGUUGAUAUGUCAGGCCCAAAGAUCAAAGGAGACAUCAAAACACCGAAAGUGGAAAUUGAAGGCCCGGACGUUGAUAUUGAGGGCUCCGAAGGUGGAUUUAAAAUACCAAAAAUGAAAAUGCCAUUAUUUGGCUUUAAAGGUCCAAAGAUUGAGGAACCGGAUGUUGAUAUUGACCUUCCCAAGGCAGAAAUUGACAUCAAGGCACCAAAGGUUGAUAUGAAAGGACCAGAAAUCGAUGUUGCAGGCCCAGAGGGCAAAAUUAAAGGGUCCAAAUUCAAAAUGCCCUCCCUCUCCGGACCUAAUAUUUCAAUGCCUGAUCUAGACUUCAAUCUGAAAGGACCAAAGCUCAAGGGUGAUGUUGAUAUGUCAGGUCCAACGAUCGAAGGAGACAUCAAAACACCAAAAGUGGAAAUUCAAGGCCCAGACGUUGAUAUUGAGGGCUCUGAAGGUGGAUUUAAAAUGCCAAAAAUGAAAAUGCCAUCAUUUGGCUUUAAAGGUCCAAAGAUUGAGGGACCGGAUGUUGACAUUGACCUUCCCAAGGCAGAAAUUGACAUCAAGGCACCAAAUGUUGAUAUCAAAGGACCAGAAAUCGAUGUUGCAGGCCCAGAGGGCAAAAUUAAAGGGUCCAAAUUCAAAAUGCCCUCCCUCUCCGGACCUAACAUUUCAAUGCCUGAUCUAGAUUUCAAUCUGAAAGGACCAAAGCUCAAGGGUGAUGUUGACAUGUCAGGUCCAACGAUCGAAGGAGACAUCAAAACACCAAAAGUGGAAAUUGAAGGCCCAGACGUUGAUAUUGAGGGCACCGAAGGUGGAUUCAAAAUGCCAAAAAUUAAAAUGCCAUCAUUUGGCUUUAGAGGUCCAACGAUUGAGGGACUGGAUGUUGACACUGACCUUCCCAAGGCAGAAAUUGACAUCAAGGCACCCAAAGUUGAUAUCAAAGGACCAGAAAUCGAUGUUGCAGGCCCAGAGGGCAAAAUUAAAGGGUCCAAAUUCAAAAUGCCCUCCCUCUCCGGACCCAACAUUUCAAUGCCUGAUCUAGACUUCAAUCUGAAAGGACCAAAGCUCAAGGGUGAUGUUGACAUGUCAGGUCCAACGAUCGAAGGAGACAUCAAAACACCAAAAGUGGAAAUUGAAGGCCCAGACGUUGAUAUUGAGGGCUCUGAAGGUGGAUUUAAAAUGCCAAAAAUGAAAAUGCCAUCAUUUGGCUUUAAAGGUCCAAAGAUUGAGGGACCGGAUGUUGAUAUUGACCUUCCCAAGGCAGAAAUUGACAUCAAGGCACCAAAGGUUGAUAUCAAAGGACCAGAAAUCGAUGUUGCAGGCCCAGAGGGCAAAAUUAAAGGGUCCAAAUUCAAAAUGCCCUCCCUCUCCGGACCUAACAUUUCAAUGCCUGAUCUAGAUUUCAAUCUGAAAGGACCAAAGCUCAAGGGUGAUGUUGAUAUGUCAGGCCCAAAGAUCAAAGGAGACAUCAAAACACCAAAAGUGGAAAUUGAAGGCCCAGACGUUGAUAUUGAGGGCACCGAAGGUGGAUUCAAAAUGCCAAAAAUUAAAAUGCCAUCAUUUGGCUUUAGAGGUCCAAAGAUUGAGGGACCGGAUGUUGACAUUGACCUUCCCAAGGCAGAAAUUGACAUCAAGGCACCCAAAGUUGAUAUCAAAGGACCAGAAAUCGAUGUUGAAGGCCCAGAUGCCAGAAUUAAAGGAUCCAAAUUCAAAAUGCCCUCCCUCUCCGGACCUAAUAUUUCAAUGCCUGAUCUAGACUUCAAUAUGAAAGGAACAAAGCUCAAGGGUGAUGUUGAUAUGUCAGGUCCAAAGAUCAAAGGAGAAAUCAAAACACCAAAAGUGGAAAUUGAAGGCCCAGACGUUGAUAUUGAGGGCUCUGAAGGUGGAUUUAAAAUGCCAAAAAUGAAAAUGCCAUCAUUUGGCUUUAAAGGUCCAAAGAUUGAGGGACCGGAUGUUGAUAUUGACCUUCCCAAGGCAGAAAUUGACAUCAAGGCACCAAAGGUUGAUAUCAAAGGACCAGAAAUCGAUGUUGCAGGCCCAGAGGGCAAAAUUAAAGGGUCCAAAUUCAAAAUGCCCUCCCUCUCCGGACCUAACAUUUCAAUGCCUGAUCUAGAUUUCAAUCUGAAAGGACCAAAGCUCAAGGGUGAUGUUGAUAUGUCAGGCCCAAAGAUCAAAGGAGACAUCAAAACACCAAAAGUGGAAAUUGAAGGCCCAGACGUUGAUAUUGAGGGCACCGAAGGUGGAUUCAAAAUGCCAAAAAUUAAAAUGCCAUCAUUUGGCUUUAGAGGUCCAAAGAUUGAGGGACCGGAUGUUGACAUUGACCUUCCCAAGGCAGAAAUUGACAUCAAGGCACCCAAAGUUGAUAUCAAAGGACCAGAAAUCGAUGUUGAAGGCCCAGAUGCCAGAAUUAAAGGAUCCAAAUUCAAAAUGCCCUCCCUCUCCGGACCUAAUAUUUCAAUGCCUGAUCUAGACUUCAAUAUGAAAGGAACAAAGCUCAAGGGUGAUGUUGAUAUGUCAGGUCCAAAGAUCAAAGGAGAAAUCAAAACACCAAAAGUGGAAAUUGAAGGCCCAGACGUUGAUAUUGAGGGCUCUGAAGGUGGAUUUAAAAUGCCAAAAAUGAAAAUGCCAUCAUUUGGCUUUAAAGGCCCAAAGAUUGAGGGACCGGAUGUUGAUAUUGACCUUCCCAAGGCAGAAAUUGACAUCAAGGCACCAAAGGUUGAUAUCAAAGGACCAGAAAUCGAUGUUGCAGGCCCAGAGGGCAAAAUUAAAGGGUCCAAAUUCAAAAUGCCCUCCCUCUCCGGACCUAAUAUUUCAAUGCCUGAUCUAGACUUCAAUCUGAAAGGAACAAAGCUCAAGGGUGAUGUUGAUAUGUCAGGUCCAAAGAUCAAAGGAGACAUUGAAACACCAAAAGUGGAAAUCGAAGGACCAGACGUUGAUAUUGAGGGCUCCGAAGGUGGGUUUAAAAUGCCCAAAAUUAAAAUGCCAUCAUUUGGCUUUAAAGGUCCAAAGAUUGGGGGACCGGAUGUUGACAUUGAGCUUCCCAAGGCAGAAAUUGACAUCAAGGCACCCAAAGUUGAUAUCAAAGGACCAGAAAUCGAUGUUGCAGGCCCAGAGGGCAAAAUUAAAGGGUCCAAAUUCAAAAUGCCCUCCCUCUCCGGACCCAACAUUUCAAUGCCUGAUCUAGACUUCAAUCUGAAAGGACCAAAGCUCAAGGGUGAUGUUGACAUGUCAGGUCCAACGAUCGAAGGAGACAUCAAAACACCAAAAGUGGAAAUUGAAGGCCCAGACGUUGAUAUUGAGGGCUCUGAAGGUGGAUUUAAAAUGCCAAAAAUGAAAAUGCCAUCAUUUGGCUUUAAAGGUCCAAAGAUUGAGGGACCGGAUGUUGAUAUUGACCUUCCCAAGGCAGAAAUUGACAUCAAGGCACCAAAGGUUGAUAUCAAAGGACCAGAAAUCGAUGUUGCAGGCCCAGAGGGCAAAAUUAAAGGGUCCAAAUUCAAAAUGCCCUCCCUCUCCGGACCUAAUAUUUCAAUGCCUGAUCUAGACUUCAAUCUGAAAGGAACAAAGCUCAAGGGUGAUGUUGAUAUGUCAGGUCCAAAGAUCAAAGGAGACAUUGAAACACCUAAAGUGAAAAUCGAAGGACCAGACGUUGAUAUUGAGGGCUCCGAAGGUGGGUUUAAAAUGCCCAAAAUUAAAAUGCCAUCAUUUGGCUUUAAAGGUCCAAAGAUUGGGGGACCGGAUGUUGACAUUGAGCUUCCCAAGGCAGAAAUUGACAUCAAGACACCCAAAGUUGAUAUCAAAGGACCAGAAAUCGAUGUUGCAGGCCCAGAGGGCAAAAUUAAAGGGUCCAAAUUCAAAAUGCCCUCCCUCUCCGGACCCAACAUUUCAAUGCCUGAUCUAGACUUCAAUCUGAAAGGACCAAAGCUCAAGGGUGAUGUUGACAUGUCAGGUCCAACGAUCGAAGGAGACAUCAAAACACCAAAAGUGGAAAUUGAAGGCCCAGACGUUGAUAUUGAGGGCUCUGAAGGUGGAUUUAAAAUGCCAAAAAUGAAAAUGCCAUCAUUUGGCUUUAAAGGUCCAAAGAUUGAGGGACCGGAUGUUGAUAUUGACCUUCCCAAGGCAGAAAUUGACAUCAAGGCACCAAAGGUUGAUAUCAAAGGACCAGAAAUCGAUGUUGCAGGCCCAGAGGGCAAAAUUAAAGGUUCCAAAUUCAAAAUGCCCUCCCUCUCCGGACCUAAUAUUUCAAUGCCUGAUCUAGACUUCAAUCUGAAAGGAACAAAGCUCAAGGGUGAUGUUGAUAUGUCAGGUCCAAAGAUCAAAGGAGACAUUGAAACACCUAAAGUGGAAAUCGAAGGACCAGACGUUGAUAUUGAGGGCUCCGAAGGUGGGUUUAAAAUGCCCAAAAUUAAAAUGCCAUCAUUUGGCUUUAAAGGUCCAAAGAUUGGGGGACCGGAUGUUGACAUUGAGCUUCCCAAGGCAGAAAUUGACAUCAAGACACCCAAAGUUGAUAUCAAAGGACCAGAAAUCGAUGUUGCAGGCCCAGAGGGCAAAAUUAAAGGGUCCAAAUUCAAAAUGCCCUCCCUCUCCGGACCCAACAUUUCAAUGCCUGAUCUAGACUUCAAUCUGAAAGGACCAAAGCUCAAGGGUGAUGUUGACAUGUCAGGUCCAACGAUCGAAGGAGACAUCAAAACACCAAAAGUGGAAAUUGAAGGCCCAGACGUUGAUAUUGAGGGCUCUGAAGGUGGAUUUAAAAUGCCAAAAAUGAAAAUGCCAUCAUUUGGCUUUAAAGGUCCAAAGAUUGAGGGACCGGAUGUUGAUAUUGACCUUCCCAAGGCAGAAAUUGACAUCAAGGCACCAAAGGUUGAUAUCAAAGGACCAGAAAUCGAUGUUGCAGGCCCAGAGGGCAAAAUUAAAGGUUCCAAAUUCAAAAUGCCCUCCCUCUCCGGACCUAACAUUUCAAUGCCUGAUCUAGACUUCAAUCUGAAAGGACAAAAGCUCAAGGGUGAUGUUGAUAUGUCAGGACCGAAGAUCAAAGGAGACAUCAAAACACCAAAAGUGGAAAUUGAAGGCCCAGACGUUGAUAUUGAGGGCACCGAAGGUGGAUUCAAAAUGCCCAAAAUUAAAAUGCCAUCAUUUGGCUUUAAAGGUCCAAAGAUUGAGGGACCGGAUGUUGACAUUGACCUUCCCAAGGCAGAAAUUGACAUCAAGGCACCCAAAGUUGAUAUCAAAGGACCAGAAAUCGAUGUUGCAGGCCCAGAGGGCAAAAUUAAAGGGUCCAAAUUCAAAAUGCCCUCCCUCUCCGGACCUAAUAUUUCAAUGCCUGAUCUAGACUUCAAUCUGAAAGGAACAAAGCUCAAGGGUGAUGUUGAUAUGUCAGGUCCAAAGAUCAAAGGAGAAAUCAAAACACCAAAAGUGGAAAUUGAAGGCCCAGACGUUGAUAUUGAGGGCUCUGAAGGUGGAUUUAAAAUGCCAAAAAUGAAAAUGCCAUCAUUUGGCUUUAAAGGCCCAAAGAUUGAGGGACCGGAUGUUGAUAUUGACCUUCCCAAGACAGAAAUUGACAUCAAGGCACCAAAGGUUGAUAUCAAAGGACCAGAAAUCGAUGUUGCAGGCCCAGAGGGCAAAAUUAAAGGGUCCAAAUUCAAAAUGCCCUCCCUCUCCGGACCUAAUAUUUCAAUGCCUGAUCUAGACUUCAAUCUGAAAGGAACAAAGCUCAAGGGUGAUGUUGAUAUGUCAGGUCCAAAGAUCAAAGGAGACAUCAAAACACCAAAAGUGGAAAUUGAAGGACCAGACGUUGAUAUUGAGGGCUCCGAAGGUGGGUUUAAAAUGCCCAAAAUUAAAAUGCCAUCAUUUGGCUUUAAAGGUCCAAAGAUUGAGGGACCGGAUGUUGACAUUGACCUUCCCAAGGCAGAAAUUGACAUCAAGGCACCCAAAGUUGAUAUCAAAGGACCAGAAAUCGAUGUUGCAGGCCCAGAUGCCAGAAUUAAAGGAUCCAAAUUCAAAAUGCCCUCUCUCUCCGGACCUAACAUUUCUAUGCCUGAUCUAGACUUCAAUUUGAAAGGACCAAAGCUCAAGGGUGAUGUAGAUAUGUCAGUUCCAAAGAUCAAAGGUGACAUCAAAACACCAAAAGUUGAAAUUGAAGGCCCAGAAGUUGAUAUUGAGGGGCCUGAAGGUGGAUUCAAAAUGCCCAAAAUAAAAAUGCCAUCAUUUGGCAUUAAAGGUUCGAAGUUUGAGGGUCCGGAUGUUAACAUUGAUCUUCCCCACGUGGACAUUGAUAUCGAAGAACCUGAAAUUGAUAUCAAAGGACAAGAAAUUGACGUUGAAGGCCCUGGGGGCAAGAUAAAAGGACCCAAAUUCAAAAUGCCCUCCAUCUCGGGACCUAAUAUUUCGAUGCCUGAUGUAGACUUCAAUUUGAAAGGACCAAAGCUCAAGGGGGAUGUAGAUAUGUCAGGUCCAAAGACUGAAGGAAACCUGAAAUCACCAAGAGUGGACAUUGAUUCACCAGACAUUGAUAUUAAAGGUGCAGGAGGCGGAUUUAAAAUGCCACACAUGAAAAUGCCAUCAUUUGGCUUCAAAAGUCCAAAGUUUGAGGGGCCGGAUGUUGACAUUGACCUUCCCAAAGCAGACUUUGACAUAAAGGCACCGAAAGUUGACAUCAAAGGACCAGAAAUCGAUGUUGAAGGCCCAGAUGCCAAAAUUAAAGGAUCCAAAUUCAAAAUGCCCUCUCUCUCCGGACCUAACAUUUCAAUGCCUGAUCUAGAUUUCAAUUUGAAAGGACCUAAGCUAAAAGGCGAUGUAGAUAUGACAGGUCCAAAAGUCAAAGGAGACAUGAAAACACCAAAAGUGGAAAUUGAAAGCCCAGAAGUUGAUUUUGAUGGUCCUGAAGGGGGAUUUAAAAUGCCCAAAAUUAAAAUGCCAUCCUUUGGAUUCAAAGGUCCAAAGAUUGAAGGACCGGAAGUUGACAUUGACCUUCCCAAGGCAGACAUUGACAUUAAGGCGCCCAAAGUUGAUAUCGAAGGACCAGAAAUCGAUGUUGAAGGCCCAGAUGCCAAAAUCAAAGGAUCUAAAUUCAAAAUGCCCUCUCUCUCUGGACCUAACAUUUCGAUGCCUGACCUAGACUUCAAUUUGAAAGGACCUAAGUUCAAGGGUGAUGUCGAUAUGUCGAGUCCAAAGAUCGAAGGAGAAAUCAAUAUUCCCAAAGGAAAGAUUAAAGGAGCUAGCAUCAACAUAGGAUCUCCAGGGGUAGACCUUAAAGGGCCAAAGCUGAAGUCUCCGAAAUUAUCUGGACCUAAAGUAUCGUUGCCUGAUGUUGACUUUGGUAUGAAAGGGUCAAAGUUGAAGGGCGGUAUUGAGGGAGCCAUGACAUUGCCAAAUCCUGUAAUUGAGGGUCCUGAUAUGUCAAUUGAUAGUCCUGAUGUAUCUAAAAAGCACAAAUUUAAAAUGCCUAAAUUUGGAUUCAAGGGAACAAAAGUCAAAGCUCCUGAAUUAGAUGUUAAAUUAGCGCAUGGAGAUGUAAAAAUCAAGGGCUCAAAAGGAAGUUUAGAGGGUCCUGAAGUAAACAUGGAUGCAACUAGUCCUAAAGUAAAAGGAUCCAAAUUCAAGAUGCCAACAAUAUCAGGCCCAAGAAUAACACUUCCUGAUGUGGAUAUGAACAUUAAAGGACCUAAGACAAAGGCUGACUUUGAUGCAUCCCUUCCAGAUGUUGAAUCGGACAUCAAGUCACCACAUUUUGACUCAGGCUCUGUGGAUGUGGAUGUUAAGACUCCAGAUUCUGGCUUUAAACUUCCAAAGUUUAAAAUGCCAAAAUUUGGCUUCAAAGGAACCAAGAUGGAUGGACCAGAUUUGGACAUUGACCUUCCAAAGGCAGACAUUGACAUCAAAGUACCCAAAGUUGACAUCAAAGGACCAGAAAUCGAGGUUGAAGGCCCAGAUGCCAAAAUAAGAGGACCAAAGUUCAAAAUGCCCUCUAUCUCCGGACCUAACAUCUCGAUGCCUGAUGUAGACUUCAAUUUGAAAGGACCGAAGCUAAAGGGUGAUGUCGUUUUGUCAGGUCCAAAGAUUGAAGCGGACUUCCAAACACCAAAAGUUGACAUUGAAGGUCUUGAUGUUGAUAUUGAAGGGCCUGAAGGUGGAUUUAAAAUGCCAAAGAUCAAAAUGCCAUCAUUUGGCAUCAAGAGUCCAAAGCUCGAGGGUCCAGACGUGAACUUUGAUAUUCCCAAAGCAGACAUUGACAUUGAAGCACCAAAUGUGGAUAUCGAAGGACCGGAAAUCGACUUUGAAGGCCCAGAUGGCCAAAUUAAAGGGAGUAAAUUCAAAAUGCCCUCUCUCUCAGGACCCAAAAUAUCAAUGCCUGAUAUAGACUUCAAUUUGAAAGGACCGAAGUUCAGAGGUGAUGUGGACAUGUCGGUUCCAAAGGCUGAAGCAGACAUCAAAACACCAAAAGUAGAAAUUGAAGGCCCAGACGUCACUAUUGAGGGCCCCGAAGGCGGAUUUAAAAUGCCCAAAAUUAAAAUGCCGUCAUUUGGCUUCAAAGGUCCGAAGUUUGAGGGACCGGAUGUUGGCAUUGAUCUUCCCAAAGCAGACAUUGACCUAAAAGCACCUGAAGUUGAUAUCAAAGGACCAGAAAUCGACUUUGAAGGCCUGGAUGGCAGUAUUAAAGGGAGUAAAUUCAAAAUGCCCUCUCUCUCAGGACCAAAAAUGACAAUGCCUGAUAUAGACUUCAAUUUGAGAGGACCCAAGUUUAAGGGUGAUGUGGACAUGUCAGUUCCAAAGAUUGAAGGAGACAUCAAAACACCAAAAGUGGAAAUUGAAGGGCCAGACACCGAUAUUGAGGGCCCCGAAGGCGGAUUUAAAAUGCCCAAAAUUAAAAUGCCGUCAUUUGGCUUCAAAGGUCCGAAGUUUGAGGGACCGGAUGUUGCCAUUGAUCUUCCCAAAGCAGACAUUGACAUUAAAGCGCCUGAAAUUGACAUCAAAGGACCAGAAAUUGACGUUGAGGGCCCUGGUGGCAAAAUAAAAGGACCCAAAUUCAAAAUGCCUUCAAUGUCAGGACCUCAUAUAUCGAUGCCUGAUGUUGACUUCAAUUUGAGGGGACCAAAGCUCAAGGGUGAUGUAGAUGUUUCAGGUCCAAAGAUUGAAGGAAACCUGAAAUCGCCAAAAGUGGAAAUUGAAGCACCAGAUAUUGAUAUCAAAGGGGCAGGAAGCGGAUUUAAAAUGCCACACAUGAAAAUGCCCUCCUUUGGCUUCAAAAGUCCAAAGUUUGACGGACCGGAUGUUGACAUUGAUCUUCCCAACACAGACUUUGAUAUCAAAGCACCUGAAGUUGAUAUGAAAGGACCAGAAAUUGACGUUGAAGGCCCUGGUGGCAAAAUAAAAGGACCCAAAUUCAAGAUGCCCUCCAUCUCAGGACCAAAACUUUCAAUGCCUGAUAUUGACUUCAAUUUGAGAGGGCCCAAGUUUAAGGGUGAUGUUGACAUGUCAGUUCCAAAGAUUGAAGGAGACAUCAAAACACCAGGAGUUGAAAUUGACGGCCCAGACGUUGAUAUUGAGGGCCCUGAAGGCGGAUUUAAAAUGCCCAAAAUUAAAAUGCCGUCAUUUGGCUUCAAAGGACCAAAGUUUGAGGGACCGGAUGCUGACAUUGAUCUUCCCAGUGCGGACAUUGAUAUCAAAGCACCUGAAGUUGAUAUCAAAGGACCAGAAAUUAACGUUGAAGGCCCUGGGGGCAAAAUAAGAGGACCCAAAUUCAAAAUGCCCUCAAUCUCGGGACCUAAUAUUUCAAUGCCUGAUGUAGACUUCAAUUUGAAAGGACCAAAGCUCAAGGGGGAUGUGGAUAUGUCAGGUCCAAAGAUUGAAGGAAACCUGAAAUCACCAAAAGUUGAAAUUGAGGCGCCAGAUAUCGAUAUUAAAGGUGCAGGUGGUGGAUUUAAAAUGCCACAUAUGAAAAUGCCAUCAUUUGGCUUCAAAGGUCCGAAGUUUGAGGGACCGGAUGUUGACAUUGAACUUCCCAAUGCGGACAUCGACAUCAAAGCACCUGAAGUUGCUAUCAAAGUACCAGAAAUUGAUGUUGAAGGCCCAGAUGCCAAAAUUAAAGGAUCCAAUUUCAAAUUGCCCUCUCUCUCCGGGCCUAACGUUUCGAUGCCUGAUCUAGACUUCAAUUUGAAAGGGCCUAAGCUCAAGGGUGAUGUAGAUAUGGCUGGUCGAAAGUUCAAAGGAGACCUCAAAAUACCAAAAGGGGAAAUCGAAGGCCCAGAUAUCGAGGUUAAAGGUGCAGGAAGCGGAUUUAAAAUGCCACACAUGAAAAUGCCAUCAUUUGGCUUCAAAAGUUCAAAGUUUGAGGGACCAGAUGUUGACAUUGAUCUUCCCAAGGCCGGCAUUGACAUCAAUGCACCUGAAGUGGACAUUAAAGGACCAGAAAUGGACGUUGAAGGCCCCGAUGCCAAAAUAAAAGGACCCAAAUUCAAAAUGCCCUCAAUCACAGGACCAAAACUUUCAAUGCCAGAUGUAGAUUUCAAUUUGAGAGGACCCAAGUUUAAGGGUGAUGUGGAUAUGUCAGUUCCAAAUAUUGAAGGGAACAUCAAAGCACCAAAAUUGGAAAUUGAAGGCCCAGAUGUUGAUAUUGACGGGCCUGAAGGUGGAUUCAAAAUGCCAAAGAUCAAAAUGCCAUCAUUUGGCAUCAAAAGUCAAAAGAUUGAGGGACCAGAGGUAGACUUUGAUCUUCCAAAAACAGAUGUUGACAUUCAGACUCCUAAUCUUGAUAUCAAAGGACCAGAAAUUGACUUUGAAGGCCCAGAUGGCAAGAUUAAAGGGCCGAAAUUCAAAAUGCCCUCCAUCUCAGGGCCAAAACUUUCAAUGCCUGAUAUAGACUUAAAUUUGAAAGGACCAAAGCUUAAGGGUGAGAUAGACAUGUCAGUGCCAAAGAUUGAGGGAGACAUCAAAGCGCCAAAAGUAGAAAUGGAAGGCCCAGAUAUUGAUGUUAAAAGUGCGGGAGGUGGAUUUAAAAUGCCACACAUGAAAAUGCCAUCAUUUGGCUUCAAAAGUCCAAAGUUUGAUGGACCUGAUGUUGACAUUGAUCUUCCCAAGGCAGACAUUGACAUCAAAGCACCUGAAGUUGAUAUCAAAGGACCAGGAAUUGAUGUUGAAGGCCCUGGUGGCAAAAUAAAAGGACCCAAAUUCAAAAUGCCCUCCCUUUCAGGACCUCAUAUUUCAAUGCCUGAUGUUGACUUCAAUUUGAAAGGACCAAAGCUCAAGGGAGAUGUCGAUAUUUCAGUUCCAAAGAUUGAAACGGACAUAAAAACACCAAAAGGGGAAAUUGAAGGACUUGAUACUGAUAUUAAAGGUGCAGGAGGUGGAUUUAAAAUGCCACACAUGAAAAUGCCAUCAUUUGGCUUUAAAAGUCCAAAGUUUGAGGGACCGGAUAUUGAUAUUGAUCUUCCCAAGGCAGACAUUGACCUCAAGGCACCCAAAGUUGAUAUCAAAGGACCUGAAAUCGAUGUUGAAGGCCCAGAUGCUAAAAUUAAAGGAUCAAAAUUCAAAAUGCCCUCUCUUUCCGGACCUAACAUAUCUAUGCCUGAUCUAGACUUCAAUUUGAAAGGAUCUAAUCUCAAGGGUGAUGUAGAUGUGUCCGGUCCAAAGAUCAAAGGAGACAUCAAAACACCAAAAUUGGACAUUGAAGGCCCAGACAUUGAUGUUAAAGGUGCAGGAGGCGGAUUUAAAAUGCCACACAUGAAAAUGCCAUCAUUUGGCUUCAAAAGUCCAAAGUUUGAGGGACCGGAUAUUGAUAUUGAUCUUCCCAAGGCAGACAUUGACCUCAAGGCACCGAAAGUUGAUAUCAAAGGACCAGAAAUCGAUGUUGAAGGCCCAGAUGCUAAAAUUAAAGGAUCAAAAUUCAAAAUGCCCUCUCUUUCCGGACCUAACAUAUCUAUGCCUGAUCUCGACUUCAAUUUGAAAGGACCUAAUCUCAAGGGUGAUGUAGAUGUGUCUGGUCCAAAGAUCAAAGGAGACAUCAAAACACCAAAAUCGGACAUUGAAGUCCCAGACAUUGAUGUUAAAGGUGCAGGAGGCGGAUUUAAAAUGCCACACAUGAAAAUGCCAUCAUUUGGCUUCAAAAGCCCAAAGUUUGAGGGACCGGAUGUUGACAUUGACCUUCCCAAGGCAGACUUGGACAUCAAGGCACCCAAAGUUGAUAUCAAUGGACCUGAAAUUUAUGUUGAAGGCCCAGAUGCCAAAAUUAAAGGAUCCAAGUUCAAAAUGCCCUCUCUCUCCGGACCAAAAAUUUCGAUGCCUGAUGUAGAUUUCAAUUUGAGAGGACCCAAGUCUAAGGGUGAUGUGGAUAUGUCAGUUCCAAAGAUUGAAGGGAACAUCAAAGCACCAAAACUGGAAAUGGAAGGCCCCGAUGUUGAUAUUGAAGGGCCUGAAGGUGGAUUUAAAAUGCCAAAGAUUAAAAUGCCAUCAUUUGGUUUCAAAGGUCCAAAAAUUGAGGGACCGGAAGCUGACUUUGAACUUCCCAAGGCAGACAUUGACAUCAAGGCACCCAAAGUUGAUGUGAAAGGACCAGAUAUUGACAUUGAAGGCCCUGGGGGCAAAAUAAAAGGACCUAAAUUCAAAAUGCCCUCCAUCUCAGGACCUCAUAUUUCGAUGCCUGAUGUUGACUUCAAUUUGAAAGGACCAAAGCUCAAGGGGGAUGUAGAUAUAUCAGGUCCAAUGAUUGAAGGAGACCUUAAAUCACCAAAGGUGGAAAUCGAUUGCCCAGAUAUUGAUGUUAAAGGUGCAGGAGGUGGAUUUAAAAUGCCACAUAUGAAAAUGCCAUCAUUUGGCUUCAAAGGUCCAAAGUUUGAGGGACCGGAUCUUGACAUCAAUCUUCCCAAGGCAGACAUUGACAUAGAGGCACCAAAAAUUGAUAUCAAAGGACCAGAAAUCGAUGUUGAAGGCCCAGAUGCCAACAUUAAAGGAUCAAAAUUCAAAAUGCCCUCUCUCUCUGGACCUAAAAUUUCGAUGCCUGAUCUAGACUUCAAUUUGAAAGGACCUAAGCUAAAGGGUGAUGUAGAUAUGUCCUGUCCAAAGCUCACUGGAGACAUCAAAACACCAAAAGUGGAAAUUGAAGGCCCAGAUAUUGACAUUAAAGGUGCAGGAAGUGGAUUUAAAAUGCCACACAUGAAAAUGCCAUCAUUUGGCUUUAAAGGUCCAAAAAUAGAUGGACCAGAUGUUGACAUUGAACUUCCCAAGGCAGAAAUUGACAUGAAGGCACCCAAAGUUGAUAGCAAAGGACCAGAAAUCGAUGUUGAAGGCACAGAUGCCAAGAUUAAAGGAUCCAAAUUCAAAAUGCCCUCUCUCUCAGGACCUAACAUUUCGAUGCCUGAUCUAGACUUCAACUUGAAAGGAUCAAUGCUCAAGGGGGAUGUAGAUAUGUCAGGUCCAAAGAUCAAAGGAGACAUCAAAACACCAAAAGUUGAAAUUGACAACCCAGACGUUGAUAUUGAGGAAUACGAAGGUGGAUUUAAAAUGCCAAAAAUGAAAAUGCCAUCUUUUGGUUUUAAAGGUCCAAAAAUUGAGGGAGCAGAUGUUGACUUUGAUUUUCCCAAGGCAGACAUUGACAUGAAAGCACCUGAAGUUGAUAUCAAAGGACCAGAAAUCGAUUUUGAAGGCCCUAGUGGCAAAAUAAAAGGACCCAAAUUCAAAAUGCCUUCCAUCUCAGGACCUCAUAUUUCGAUGCCAGAUGUUGACUUCAAUUUGAAAGGACCAAAGCUCAAGGGGGAUGUAGAUAUAUCAGGUCCAAAGAUUGAAACAGACCUUAAAAUGCCCAAAGUGGAUAUCGAUUCCCCAGAUAUUGAUAUUAAAGGGGCCGGAAGCGGAUUUAAAAUGCCACAUAUGAAAAUGCCAUCAUUUGCCUUCAAAAGUCCAAAGUUUGAGGGACCAGAUGUUGACAUUGAUCUUCCCAAGGCAGACAUUGACAUCAAUGCACCUGAAGUGGACAUCAAAGGACCAGAAAUUGACAUUGAAGGCCCUGGUGGCAAAGUAAAAGGAACCAAAUUCAAAAUGCCCUCCCUCUCAGGACCUCAUAUUUCGAUGCCUGAUGUAGACUUCAAUUUGAAAGGACCAAAGCUCAAGGGAGAUGUAGAUAUGUCAGUUCCGAAGAUUGAAGGAGAACUGAAAUCGCCAAAACUGGAUAUUGAUGCACCAGAGAUUGAUAUUAAAGGUGCAGGAGGUGGAUUUAAAAUGCCCAAAUUCAAAAUGCCAUCAUUUGGAAUGAAAAGUCCAAAAGUGGAAGUUCCAGAAGUUGAUGUCAAUCUGCCAAAAGUGAACAUCGAUAUGGGAUCACCGAAAAUUGAUGUAAAAGGUCCAGAUUUUGAUGUGGACCUUCCAGAGGGUAACAUCAAAAGUCCAAAAUUCAAAAUGCCAUCCAUCACUGGGCCUAAAAUGUCCAUGCCUGAUGUAGACCUUCAGCUGAAAGGAUCUAAACUGAAGGGUGAUGCAAAUGUGUCCUUACCAAAUGUUGAAGGAGACAUCAAAAUCCCAAAAGUGGAAAUUGAAGGUCCACAUGUUGACAGUGUAGGGCCUGAUGCUGGAUUUAAAAUGCCAAAGUUCAAAAUGCCGUCAUUUGGCUUCAAAGGUUCAAAGAUUGAGGGGCCAGAUGUAGACUUUGAUCUUCCAAAAGCAGACAUUGACAUUGAAGCACCUAAUGUUGAUAUCAAAGUACCUGAAAUGGAUGUUGAGGGCCCUGAUGGCAAAAUUAAAGGACCGAAGUUCAAAAUGCCUUCCAUCUCCGGACCAAAGCUUUCCAUGCCUGAUUUAGGCAUCAAUCUGAAAGGACCAAGUAUAAAGGGUGAUUUAGAUGUGUCAAUUCCAACGAUUCAAGGGGACAUCAAAGCACCAAAAGUGGAAAUUGAAAGUCCAGAUGUUGAUAUUGAAGGUCCCGAAGGUGGAUUUAAAAUGCCAAAGAUUAAAAUGCCAUCUUUUGGCUUCAAAGGUCCAAAGAUUGAGGGGUCUGGUGUAGACUUUGGUCUUCCCACAGCAGAUAUUGACAUUCAAGCACCAAAUGUUGAUAUCGAAGGCCCAGAAAUCGAUGUUGAGGGCCCUGAUGGUAAAAUUAGAGGGCCGAAGUUCAAAAUGCCCUCCAUUUCCGGACCAAAGCUUUCCAUGCCCAAUAUGGACUUCAAUCUGAAAGGACCUAGUAUGAAGGGUGAUGUAGAUGUUUCAAUUCCAACGAUUCAAGGUGACAUCAAAGCACCAAAAGUGGAAAUUGAAGGUCCAGAUGUCAAUAUUGAACGUUCUGAAGGCGGAUUUAAAAUGCCAACAAUUAAAAUGCCAUCAUUUGACAUCAAAGGUCCAAAGAUUGGGUCUCCAGGUGUUGAUUUUGAUCUUCCCAAAACAGACAUUCAUAUUGAAGCACCUAAUGUUGAUAUUAAAGGACCCGAAAUUGACAUUUGCGGCCCUGAUGGCAAAAUUAAAGGGCCGAAGUUAAAAAUGCCCUCUAUCUCAGGACCUCACGUGUCGAUGCCCGAUAUAGACUUCAACUUGAAAGGACCGAACCUUAAAGGUGAUGUUGAUGUAUCAGUUCCAAAGUUUGACCAGGACUUGAAGACACCAAAAGUCCAAAUGGAAGGUCCAGAUCUUGAUAUUAAAGGUACAGGAGGCGGAUUUAAAAUGCCACAUAUGAAAAUGCCCUCAUUUGGCUCCAAAGGUACAAAGUUUGAGGGACAAGCAGUCGACAUUGAUCUUCCUCAGGGAGACAUUGACAUAAAAGCAACUGCAGUGGAUAUCAAAGGACCAAAAAUGGAAAUUGAAGGUCAUGGUGGCAAAACAAAAGGGUCAAAAUUCAACAUGCCCUCCAUCUCAGGCCCCAACAUUUCAAUGUCUGAUUUCAGUUUGAAAGGACCCACGCUAAAGGGAGAUACUGAUGUUUCCGUAAAAGGUGGUCAAUUUGAAGUUGAAGGUACGGACUUUGCUAUCACAGGGCCCAAAGUAAAAUCUCCAGAAUUCAAUACCAACCCAAUUGAAACCGAAAUUGAUAUCAACCUGAAACGUCCAAAGGUGAAGGGAGAAUUGGGUCCCUUUGGAAAUGGUGAGGGUUCUGAUCUCAACAUCAGAACACCUACAAUUAAUGUUAAGGGUGCAUCUUUGGAGGCUGCAAAAACAAGUGUGACAUUUCCCAGGUUCAAAGGUCCCAAAUUUGGAAUAAAGGCCACAGAAGCCCAAGGACCUGAAGCAAAACUUAAGACCCCAAAAUUAAAUAUGGGUGGCAAAAGUCCAAAGGCAGAUAUGAGCCUUCCAAGUGCUGGAGCACAUACCAAUGCCCCUGAUAUAGACCUAAAUGUUAAGGGAAAGAAAGGAAAAUUUAAACUUCCUAAAAUGAAGGCCAAGGCAAAACCAUCUGAAACUGACAUGGACACUCCAAUGGUAGAGCUGGACGUAGACACACCUGGCCUUAAUGUCAAAGGAGAGAAGGCCAAGAAGCAUCUAUUUGGUAAACUGCAUUUCCCUGAUGUUGAAUUUGACAUUAAAUCGCCCAAAGUGAAAGGGGAUAUCUCUUCGUCAAGUGGUUUGAGAUCCUCAGACAUAGAUUUGCCAUCUGGCAGCCUAGAUGCUAAACCAAAAGAUACAAAUAUUACGAACACCACAGAGGGGAAAACAUCCAGCGGCCUUCCGUACCCAGAAGGUACAGUAACAUUUCCCAAAAUCAAAGCUCCAAAGUUUGGCAUUGCUCUGCCCCAUGUAGAAGGUCGCACGGAAGUUGGAGUAGAUAUGGAUUCAGGAACAGCAGUUGGUGGAGACAUUAAAAUACAGUCUCCCUCUGUUAGUUUUCAUGGUGGUGCACAGAAUAUUGAAGUCCCAAGUCCAGAACUUAGUCAAGGAAAAGUGAAGGGUAAGAUGCCAAAAUUAUUUGGCAAAUCCAAAGAGAAGGGUGGCAGUGGAAUUGAUUUAAAUGUGGGGCCGGAUUUUGAUAUAAGUGAGAGUGGAAAGUUAGAGGUAGGUGGUGGCUCAGGGCUUCAUCUGUCAGGUAAAGGAAAAUCUGCCUCACUGGAUCUAUUAAAGCAAUCAAAGCACCAGCCUUCUUUGAGUGAUGAGACUGGGCUUGCUCUCAGUUCACCAUCAGCUCACUUAGAAUCGGAGGGUGGUGACAUUUCUUUAGAUCUAGGGGGAGCCAAAGUCAAAGGAAAGAAAGGAAAGUUAAAGUUUGGUACCUUUGGGGGUUUUGGUGCAAAGUCAAAGGGAUCAUAUGAGGUGUCCCUUGGAGAAGAUAGUGAAGCAAGAGUUGAGGGGAGUGGGGGUGUUUCUCUCCCAUCCAAAAAAUCGAGAUUGUCGUCAUCCUCAAGUAGUGAUAGUGGUUCUAGAGGUUUCCGCUUUCCAAAACUUGAGCUAUCUGUGUCACCGAAGAAAUGAAUUAUAAGAUGAAAUAAACACUCAUGCACAAUCUAAUUCAUUAUUUUCAGAGUGUUCAGAAUUUAAAUAUAUACUUUGGUUAAUCCACAGACAAUUUCCAAAUUGUAUUCACCACACGUGAGAUUGUUUAAAGUCCCAUUCAAUUGUAAAUAAGAUGGAAUUGUAUUGUAAAAUUGUAUGACUUCUUUUGUACAUAGUCAAAUUUAUUGAUCAUCUACCAUUGUACCAAAUUAUCACCAAUAGUUAAUUUCCAUUUGCUUUGAUAAAUUGUUGUUAAAGAAAGUAUGUUAUAUUUGUAUCUAUCUGUCUGCAUGAAAAAUAGAUAUAGUAAGAAUAGCAAUAUCUAUUGAAAUUAUGUUUAAUCAUCCUGACAAAAAGACAAAAUAUAAAUUCACUUGUUUCUGUGUAUAAAAAAUCGCCCUUUGCUUUGGAAUUUUGAAACAAUGUAAGCAACGCAGAAAUCUAUUAACUCAAUUUAGAGCUGGAACUUCAUAAACAUUUCUUUAGAGUGUUAUAAUGACCUUCAUUGCGAUACAUUUUUUGGAAACCAUCUAUUCUAACUGCUGUUAAUAAUUGUCACUUGUUUUUUCUGGGGAAUCCCAAUAUAUUGUGUUGUAUUUAGCAAAGCUUUGCAUUAGCUUCCUUUAAUGUGGAUUAAAAAAAAAUUCAGCCAUUAUUUUCUCAGUUCUAUCCUCCCACUAUCCUUAUUUUACAGUGUACACAAUCCUGUUGGCUCAACCAAAGAUGCCAUCAAUAUCUGUGAUUGUGUUGGAAAAGUAACAUGGUAUCUGUUAUUUGUUUAAGAUUAUUUCUAUCCUCUGGGUCUUGCUGUGUUCUUUGUUGCUUUGUGCAUUGUGCAAAAUAAAUCAAAUAAACAGUUGAGUAUCUGA